AAAAACACUUGGACUUUGGGUAGCAGACAGGACAGAACAACAUGAAUUUGUCCUUGAACUUCCCUGUAAUCAUCGUCCCCUUGUUUUUAACUUCAAUCCUCAAUGUAAUAAAAAAACAAAAACAUAACAAGUCCAAAACAACUAUGCAUGCUUAAGAAGAAUACAUACAUACACAAAGCAGAAAGUCAAGGGAAAAUAACAAGGAAAUAAGUUUACCUAGAGGUAGACAAAGGUCAUUAGAGAAAUGGAAAUGAUAAUAAAGACUGAAGAAAACAAGAGAAGAAAAUUUAUUUCCAUGGCUGACGAUGAUUUUCAAGUAAUUGGAAAGAGACGACGAAGAGAGCCAACAGUGGCUGCACUUACAUCUGAGGAUAACCAAGGUCAGAACCAACAAGUUUGUCAAAAUUCUACUACCACCACCACAAAGAGAAGUUCAAGAUUUCGUGGUGUCAGCAGACAUCGAUGGACAGGUCGAUAUGAAGCUCACUUAUGGGACAAACUCUCUUGGAACAUGACCCAAAAGAAGAAAGGGAAGCAAGUUUAUCUUGGGGCUUACGAUGACGAAAUAUCGGCAGCCAGAGCAUAUGAUUUAGCUGCACUGAAGUACUGGGGAACAUUAACUGUCACCAAUUUUCCUGUCUCAGAGUAUGAGGAACAAGUAGAGAUAAUGCAAACUAUGACAAAAGAGGAGUACUUAGCCACUUUAAGAAGAAAGAGCAGUGGCUUUUCAAGAGGGGCAUCAAAGUAUAGGGGUGUUGCAAGGCACCACCACAACGGUAGAUGGGAAGCACGGAUCGGAAGGGUUUUUGGAAACAAGUAUCUCUAUCUCGGAACCUACAGCACCCAAGAAGAAGCUGCUCGUGCUUAUGACAUAGCAGCCAUUGAGUACAGAGGGAGCCAUGCGAUAACAAACUUCGACUUGAGUACUUACAUGAGAUGGCUAAAAUCAUCAGCAGGAAAUAUCUCAGAAACAAAACUUGAAAAACUGGAAGUACCAGAGUCUCAGACAGUGGCAUCCCGAUCUAACUAUUCCCCGAUAGAGGGGUCGAAAUCCUUGGCCCUCCACAACAGUACUUACAAUUCAAAUUAUCUCAAUUCACCUCAAAAGUUUGAAGUUUUUGACAAUAACAUCUCCAGCACUAAGUUGUCUUCUUCUCCAACUGCACUUGGGAUCCUUUUCCGGUCUACAAUAUUUAGAGAAUUAGUUGAAAAGAAUUCGAACAUAUCUAGAGAUGAAACUGAAGGGGAAGACACAAAGGAUCAACAACCACAGAUGGCAAGUGGUGUUAAUGAUGAGUUGGAUGGGAUCUUCUACGAUGGAACUGGGUUAUCCCCUUACUGAUAGACAACUUAGAAAUGCAAGAGACAUGAACUCAAUAUUUUGAAAUGGCUAGAUUUUUAGAGAGAUGCUUCAGCCUUCGAAGCCGAGGUGAACAAGUGCUAGAGAAUUCAAAACACCAUUACUGAAGGAAAAAUGUAGAACAAUAAUUGUGAAUUCCUCUUUGUAAAAUUGAAUUACUUCUAUGCAUAGAUCUGAAUAACUUUCAGUUUCAUACUUGAAAAUAAAAAUUCAUUUAGUUAAAAUAAUAAGCUUGAUUGCCCACGAAUGUAUACAC